AUGGCGGGCAAAUCGUUUACGCUGGGCUCUCGCAUCAAGGUACGUCAUUUUCGAGCCAUCGAUUCUGCCCAAAUGUACCAUAACGAACGCGAAGUUGGAUCAUCUAUCUUAGCAUUCAUAUCCGGUCCUAGCAACACUUCAUCUCUGAAACGAGAAGACAUCCAUUUCACAUCGAAACUCGCAUCCAACACUUCCUACGAUGCGGCAAGAAAGUCCAUCAGGCAGUCUGUAAAGCAGAGUGGCCUUGGCUAUAUAGAUCUGUUUUUGUUGCACAGCCCUUAUGGUGGAAAGGCCAAGAGACUGGAAUGCUGGAAGGCUGUCGAAGAUGCCAUUGAAGAUGGAGAGGUGAAGACCGGAGGUGUCAGCAACUUUGGCGUCAAGCAUUUGCAGGAGCUUCUCGCAUCGAACCUUCGAACACAUCCAGCUGUCAACCAGAUCGAAGUUCACCCAUUCAACACCCGGACCGAGAUCACCUCUUUCUGCCACGAGCAUAACAUCGUGGUCGAAGCAUACGCUCCUCUAGCUCGGGCUUUGAGGAUGAAGCAUCCAACCAUCACGUCGCUGUCGAAGAAAUACUCAUGUACUCCCGCUCAGCUCAUGGUCCGAUGGAGCUUGCAGCAUGGCUUUGUGCCCUUACCUAAGAGCGUCACGAAGUCGCGCAUUAUUACCAAUGGCGAUGUCGGCGGAUUUGAAAUAGAGGGAGCGGACAUGAAGGUUAUGGAUGGUCUAGAUGAAUAUCUCGUGACAGACUGGGACCCUGUGGACUGUGAUUAG